AUGCUCUGGGACGGGGAUAGGGGGCCAAGUUUGGUUUUAAAAAGGCAACCUCAAAAAACCAUUACCUGUCACGUGUACGCGCGAACUGUCUAUGAGAGCCGAAGCUUCCAACCACUCCUUCAACAACCAGGAAACCCCAAAAGACCCUUCUUUUCAGACACUGAAUUUGAUGAAGACGAGUUGUUGGACGAAGAAAGUGAGGAAGAUUUGGAAAUUUUGCGUGAGAUCGCAUCAUUAAUAAAACCACCGAACAUCACCGUAUCGUCUAUUGGGUGCGGUGAUGUUGUGAAUGUCACAUGCACAGUCCCGGAGGAGUCCGUGGAAUUAUACAUCACCUCCCACUCUUUCGACUUGGAACGUUGCAAUGGCUCUUGGGCUGAUCUCCCGAGCAAUGGUCUUUCACUACUUAACUUCUCUGUUGAUGAAAACAUGGACACAUUUAUCGCAAAAGCUUCAAUCAGACAGACUGGUGGAGGAGACUACUUCGUGGUUUGUCGGUACCUUGAGAAAUACGCCUUCCGCCAUCUGCAGAUUCCGAAGUGUUCAACUCCCGACAGCAGUCGCUACCUUGCACUUGCUCAACAAAUUGGUGUCAUAGUCGUCUGUCAGUUGGCUAUUACAUCGCUGCUUGCACUGACCCUCUGGUGUUGCUGCUCAUGGCGAUGCUCACGACGAAAACGGCAUUCCACCGCUGCGAUGAUUUACCAUCGUAACGAAACACCCCCCACCAACUUUCACAACAGUUACUCCUACGCUGCUGCUAUUGGUUUCCUCAUCUACACCGAGUUAUCCCAUUCUUCGAAGAGUGGCGAUUCGUUCUUAAGAAAGAUCGAGCCCCUGCAACACUGUAGCGCUGAGGACUACCUGGAACCACGAGAAAUCAGAGAGUCUCAUCUUCACACACCGCAUCUGCCUCGGAUGCUGCGACCUUCACGUCAACGGAGGUACCCUAGACGCCUCCCUGUCAAAGCUCACGAAUGUCUUUUAGUGCCCUUGAGUUGUCUUCGCAGAUCAGUUGUGUAUUUUCGACUGCUACGACAAAUUAAAGCUUUGCUUCAGUACUGCGCCCGAAUGCCAAAAUCAGCUAAACUUCUUCUCCUAUGUCAAAAGCAUCGUGCCAAAGCGCUGAACCAGUCCCGUUGGCACAUUUCAAGAAGUUUCGACUACAAGGUCAAGUAA